CCAAACCGCAAAACACAAAAAACAACAAGCAUAACAUUGUGUCACAAAUUAAACAAGCGAAUGGCUGCCAACCCAAUGGUCACAUACAUAUGCAAGCGAACCGUGGUGAGCACGAAACCGGUCCAACCAGGGAAACGCCACUCGUUGUCCGUCCUGGACCGGGCCAUGGGAGAAAACCACCUGAAGAUGGUGUACUAUCUUAAGGAUACUACUACUCCUGACAAGUAUUACGAGCCGGGCGAGAUCACCAAAAUGUUGAGGGAGUCGAUAUCCGAGACACUCACGUUUUUCCCUAUCAUAACGGGGAGGCUGGUGAAGGAGGAAGACGGGAGGACUUGGAUGGUAAAGUGCAACGAUGCAGGGGUGAGAAUGGUGGAGGCUCGAGCACAAGGGAGUGUCGAUGAAUGGCUUAGUAAUGUCGAUAGGGAAAGGGAGAUGAAGCUUGUCCAUUGGGAGGAGAUGUUCCAUAAACCUUACUUUUGGUCCACUUUCUACGUUCAGCUAACAGAGUUCGAAGGUGGAGGCGUGGCAAUAGGGUUGAGUUGCUAUCACCUCUUGGCCGAUCCGGUUUGCGCUACUAUGUUCAUCAAGGCGUGGGCUGACAUAGCUUUCCUAGGGAAAAUGCAACACCCACCAUUUUUCCACGGUUUGCCUGCCCCAAAGCUCAUUCACAACCCUAGCCUCCCUCACAUUAGUAAAACCAAUGACUUGAUUGAACACUACAAGGCUACCAUUAAUAAAUCGGUUGCAAACGUUGAUCAAGAUGUUGAGCUGGCGAGCCACCUGACCACUCUUUCCUUUUCGUUCACGAGCUCCAUGGUGCAAUCAUGCAUGGCGAUGGCUCGGACAGGGUCGAUGCAGGCAUCACCGUUUGAAGCGUUAUCAGGUCUCUUUUGGGUGUGUCUAAGUAAAGUAAAGAAGGAUGGUGAUGGGUUAUUGGACAUGUCCGUCUGCUUGGAUGCUAGAAAGGCGUUGGGGUUGGAUAGUGGAUUUUUCGGGAACUGCAUGGUACAGAAUCGAGUUCGAUGUUCAAAUCAUGAACCUCUCUCGAUAUCAUCAUUGGCUAGUGCGGUUGCAUCUAUAAGAGAAGCUUCAGGGGAGAUAAUGGACUCGAACUCGGUAAUGGGCUUGAUCGAGUGGUUAAGAUGCAAAGAUCUUGAUAAUGACGACGAUGAAGAUCAAAAGAAGUCCUCCCCUUCCCCCAUCAACCAUGGCGAUUGUGAGAUUGUUUGUAUCGGGUUGGAUGGAGUAGACCCAUACUCUGCUAGGUUCGAGGAUGGGUUGGAGCCGAUCAGGGUUUCAACCUAUGUCGAACCGGCUGCUAGUGAGAAAUGGCAAGUUCUGAUUCUCCCUGCACCACCUGCUUCCGUCGGUGGAGGCUAUCAAAGCGGACAGCUGGACAGAGUGGUGAUGGUUACGAUUCCGAAAGAAUUUGUGGAAAGUUUGUGCAGAAAUGAAAUUAUUCGAGACUUACGUCCAGAAAUUGUAAUGGGUCCAGAAAUUGUAAUGGGUACGAAUGAUGCAGUUGCAUCUAGUCCAAACUGUAGAGUAGCUGUGUGACAUAACGGAAGCCGAAGAUGGAAUCAAAUAAAUCGAAUGCUAAUGUUAAAUUACAAAAAAAAAAAACAUACAACAUUUAUUCUGAC